UCCUUUUCUCCUUCUCUUCAUGCCGCGCUUAUUCUUUUCAUAACGUCUAGGCCUACAUCCGCCAUGGUAGACCCGAGUGGGAUUGUAGGUGUCGUAUCGCUUGCGCUCCAAGUCCUCCAAGGCUUGUCUCAAUACUACACGCAGUUCAAGGCCUUCGACGAUGGUAUUUCACAGGCGCUAUAUCGGAUCGAGCGUUUGCACGGGACGCUAGCAGCUCUGGAAGGCCCAGUACGCAAGCUUGAAGUCGACAAUAACGCCAUCUCCGAACAAGUCCGGCUAGCUAUCACAUCAUGUACGGAGAGUCUAGGCAAGCUUCAAGAUUUGGUCGAUAAAUGUAACAAGGUCCCAUUACCGAGCUCAGCCACAUCACGGUUUCAGAUGUUCAAGAACAAAGCCUUGUUCCCCUUCCGAAGAGGUACGUUGAUGGAUCUGGGUAAGCAUUUAGACGGCCUCCAGGCAAACCUUGGCACUAUCCUUCAAGCGCUGCAACUGGACACCACAAUCCAAUUCGACGUACGAGCCGAAGAGCGAGCGGUCUCGCUCGUACACCGAACGGACCGUAUCCAGCACCGACAGAUAUAUCAGACUGAGCUUUUGGAAUCUAUCGAGAGCACGUCCCUCUUGCACGUGCGGCAGACGUCAGAUAAUUCGGCGCGGGUACAAAAUAGCGUCGAGAAUCUUUCUCUGCAAGUCCAAAUCUUGCAACAGCAUAUCUCCGAUCAGCUUUUACUCUUGGCUCCCAUCUCUCAGUCGUUGCAAUCGGGCAGAUUUCCAGCGCCGAGUGCCAUCGAAGAAGGACUUAGAUCGCAUUCCGCUAUUUCCCCGUGUAUGCGUAAGCUUCGCGAGUUGAAGAGGAAAUGCUCAUGUCAAUCCAUUUCAAAGGCUUCAUCGACGCGUAUAUCGAGAAUGUUCGGUGUUUACUGGGACCGACGCGGAGACCAACGAGGGUCAUGCCCGCUCCAUGGAAAGUCUCAACGACUGGACACCAUCGGGGCUUACUUCGUUUACUACGGUCGCUUAAUCCAAGUCGUGGUUGACGCGAGCAUAGCAUACCGUCGAGGCGCUGGUGGAUUCUCCAUAAGCUCGGCCUUGAACGCUCGUAGAUAUAUCGCCUGGAGUCAUGCUUCGUUAUCCCUUCUUCCGCGCUGGCCCUAUGGCGACACGGAAGAAAGUUACGAACUAUUGGUAGAUCAGGUAGGAGGCCCGACUAAGGUGCUAGACUUCGUAAAGCGCCAAAUGGACAAACUGUUCAGAAAUGGCACUGCAAGUCCGUUGGACGAAACAGGGCACGGAGUAAGCUACUUGACAUUGGCAUGUUCUCUUAUAAACCAUCCAGAAGUCUACCGAAAUCACAGCACGGAGAGCAUACGCGACUUCAUACAAUUCUUUAUUGAUGUGGGUGUUCCUGUAGAGAGUGAUUUCGAUAUAGACACGCCGUUAGAUGUGAUUAUCAGAUAUGAGUGGGAGACAAACACUGAAACGCAGGAGUAUUUAAGCUUUUACCUCGCUGAACGAGGAGUCCGGUGGACAGGCUACUGGGCCAUUCCAAGGUACGGCGGUUAUAUACCUGUCGACAUUUAUCGUCGGGGUGUCGAGCUCUACAAGAGAAACGAUCUCUUCGAAGCAUUUCGCGGUGACCCGCUUGAAACGGCAAUCCUACGCAAGUCGGUGCCCGACGUGCUUGAAUUGGUAGCCAAGCCAGAGCAAUCGUUGACCAGUGUUGAAGAUAUCUCUCGAUACAUAGGGGGAAUGCUGGCUUUGUCGGCUGACUGGCCAGACGGACUGCAUUUGCUUCUACGGAAUUACCCUGGUGGCUUCUCUGUAGGCAAGUACGCCCAGAACGCUCUCCAGUGCGCAGUCGACUGGCGGAACCAUGAAUGCGUGGACAUCCUUUUUGCCGCUGGUGCUAAAAUAACAUAUUUACUGUGGAAGGAGGCUGUUCGGCUUUACAAUAGCGAAGUAGUCCAAGAUGUCAUUGAUCUAAUCGCCGAGGAAUUGUUCCAAAGCCGCUCUCAGGACUUUAAGCUUGAGACUCUAUUCCACCCGUAUGACCUUUCCGUCGAUACCGCGAUGCGGCUUUACCGAGCUGGAUUCCACGAGGUCGAUGUCGAAAUAGAUGCGAACGACAUAGGUGGAGCUGAUGGUCUAUGCACCCCUCUGUGGAGACACUCCAAAGCUAUUCUCUCCUGCUGGCGGUCCAGAACGAAAAACCUUGAGAUGAUCAAAUUGUUGCGUUGGUUCGUGGAGAAGGGCGCCAGAACAGACUACUUACAUCAGACGGUAGGGACGGCUCCUGCACAUCUUAUAAGUGCGACCCUGAUGUUUUACUGCUUCCUGCGCGAACCUAUACCACUCCUCCUACGGCAAGAAAAUCUGGACGAUUUCUACGCCACUGUUUUCGGGUUCAAUUGCAGAGAUAGAUGCAAUUGUGCAUGUUCGCAACGUGGCUGCUACCCUAUCGCAUCGGCUGUCAAGAUCAGAGCUUGGAAGAAGCAUAUCAGAGGGUUGUCUGAGCGUAUAUGGCGGUACGACCAUUUUGACCGGUAUGUCACGUAUGGAAGCCUAGAGCAGGUAGAAGUUGCUUGGCCUCCUAUUCUCUCAGAGAUUGUCGCCUUCAUGAAGCCCGCAUUGUCUCAACGUCCUCAACUGGCCCUCGCUGUUCUUCGAGUACUCACUUUUGAGGAACUCGGCAUCAGGCACACAUGUCAUGAUGCGGCUCUUGCCCGAGAGCCUUGGAGCCGGCACCCACCGCCUGUAAUACCCGAGGAGGAAAUCACCGAACUUCACGACGAGGAUCGCUUUCUCAUUGCUCAGCUCGAAGACCUGAUGAUCAAGUUCGAGCAAGCAUGGACCCAGCACGAGGGGGCUUUUCACGACUUUGUCUUUGGAUACUGGAACGAUCGAAUGGAAGAAGUAUUAGAUAAGAUGGAGGCUGCGGGCGAAGAGGAGAUCAGAGCAAUCGAGGCCAUAGGUGUGGUGCUUCGGGAACCUUUUGGGCCCGUUCUGCCUCCUGGUUUCGAAAGAGAAGUGGAUGAGGACGAAGAGGAGGAAGAGCAAUGGACUGAGGAUGAAGGAGAGGAGCGGGACGAAGAUGAGCAGGACGAAGCAGACGAACAGGAUGAGAAUGGGAUUGGUGAUGGGGAUGUAGUAGAGGAAUCAGAUGCUGACGGGGCAGAGGAAUCGGAGGAGGAAGGUUCAUACGUGUCAGCAUGUUCGAGUUUGGUGGAUUUAUUACUGGCUGGAGAUUAA